AUGAUUUCAGUAAUGAGCGGUAAAGGUGGGGUUGGAAAAUCAACAAUGGCAGUCUUUAUAUCUCAUAUUAUUUAUAAACAUUUUAACAAAGCAAAAAAAAUCCUGUUACUUGAUAUUGAUUUAUGUGGUCCUUCUAUUUCUACAUUGUUAAAUAACACAAACUCUAUUACUUACGAAAAUAAUUCUUUUAAACCAAUUGAACAUGAAAAGAAUUUCUUUUUCUUAAGUUUUGGAAAUAUUUUGAAGGAAAGUGAUGCAGUUAUUUGGAGAGGACCUAAAAAAUCAGCUGUUUUAGAGAAAAUUUUAACUAACCUAGUUUCUAAUUAUGAUUAUGUAAUUGUUGAUACACCUCCAGGUAUAUCUGAAGAACACAAUAAUCUUUUAAAAUAUAAUCCUCAAAUUAUUGCAGUUACCUCUUCUCAAAAUUUAGCCCUUAACGACACACAAACAACAUUAAAUUACGCCCUAGAAAAUGAUUUAAGUGUUAUUGGAUUGAUACAAAAUAUGACAACUAUUAAAUGUCAUGAGUGUAAUAAUGAAUUUUAUCCUUUUGGCAGUGAAGGAGGAAAAUUAUUAGCUAAAGAAUAUAAUAUUGAACUAUUGGCUGAAUUAAAUAUGGAUGUAAAUAUAUUAAAUUCUGUUGAAGAUGAUACUUUCUAUGAAAAAUUGAUAGAAUUUGAUGGUUAUAAUAUUUUAAAAGAAGUUUUAAAUAAUAAAUUCUAA